GAGAUUAGAGACAGCAAAGACUCCAUCAUCCCUCAACAAACUCUCAAAGCUCUUGUUUCGCUCAAACAAGCUUUGGAUUCCGCUAAAGAUUUGCUUAAAUUUGGUAGCGAAGGAAGCAAGAUUUACAUGGGUAGAAAAAUCUAUCGAUACUGACCGGGAUUUUGUAUAUUAUCGCGCGGAAUGAAGAAAACGGAUCCGUAUGGUUGACGACUCCACACAGUUAGUUCGGGUUUUUUUUUUUUUAAAAGAAGUGUUUUGGAUAUUUGGGAAUUAGAUGUCUGUUGUUUUUGUUCCCAUUGAUGUUUGUUUCUCUUAGAUUCCAUCGAGAUGCAUUUAUUCGAGUCUGAGUCAUUGACUUUGUCUCUUCUUAUGUUUCUUGUCCCUAUGGAUUUUGUACCUGUUGAGGAAGUUGCAAGGAUGCAUGAUGAUUCAUGGGCUACUGCAACAACAACAAAGAAACAUGAACUUGUUGUGUAGCUAGACAGUUGAAACAUGAACUUGUUGUGUAGCUAGACAGUUGAAACAUGAACUUGUUGUGUAGCUAGACAGUUUUUCUAGAGACUCUAUUGAUGUGACCUUGAUUUCUUUUUAUGGAGCUGGUUCAUGGGGGUUUUGGAUUUUGAUCAUGAGUACAACUCAGAUGAAUCUUCUGAUACUGCAUAAACUACAGAGUACAGAAUUGAUUUAUUUUUUUUGGCAAAUUAUUGUGUUGGACCUGGUUAUGCCACAACAUUUCGCUAAUCAGUCGCCGCUGGAACUUUGACACGGGGGUUCACAGACAAUUUGUCUUACAGGAAAAAUAAAUAAAUCGAAAAAGGGAGCUAGAAAGUUGUCAACCAUGAAAGAAAACGCUGCGGCAUUUCUAAAUAGGAAUGUUUUAUGGUCCUAGAGAGGGAACAAAUUAUGAAUAAAUACCAUGAGGUGACAGCUAAAUUGGAGAAAGCUCUAAGUGGAAUUUCCUACGAAAGCCUUGACAUAUCUGAUGAAGUUAAGGAACAGGUUGAGCUUGUCCUUUCUCAAUUUAGAAGAGCCAAAGGAAGGGUCGAUGAUACUGAUGUUGAGCUGUAUGAAGAUCUCUUCUCCCUUUACAACAAGAUUGAUGAUUCAGCAAAAGAUCUAGCUGUCCUAAGAAGGUUGUCUGAGAAGUUACAGUUGUUGGGAAUAGCUGACCUUACACAAGAGUCUCUAGCUUUGCAUGAGAUGGUUGCUGCCACUGGUGGAGAUCCUGGGGAGAACAUUGAGAAGAUGUCAAUGCUUCUGAAGAAAAUUAAAGAUUUUGUGCAAACAGAAAACCCAAACUUGGAUGCUCCAGCAAGAGAAAAGAAUCUUCCCCCAAGUGGAAGUGGACAAGCUUUUGCUGAUGGAAGUCACAAGACACCAGUUAUACCAGAUGAUUUCCGCUGUCCAAUAUCCCUGGAAUUGAUGAAGGAUCCUGUCAUUGUUUCAACAGGGCAGACCUAUGAACGUUCCUGCAUUGAGAAAUGGCUGGAAGGAGGGCAUGACACAUGUCCAAAGACACUACAGAAACUCACCAGUGCUGCUCUGACACCGAACUAUGUUCUACGCAGCCUCAUAGCCCAGUGGUGUGAGGCCAAUGGCAUUGAGCCACCAAAAAGACCCAGCAGUUCUGGGUCAAAUAAAACUGUAUCUACUUGCUCACCUGCUGAGCGUACAAAGACUGAAAUUCUCCUUCACAAGCUUGCAUCUGGCAGCCUUGAAGACCAGCGGUCUGCUGCUGGUGAGAUCCGUCUUCUUGCCAAGCGAAAUGCUGAUAAUCGUGUGGCUAUUGCUGAAGCUGGUGCAAUCCCUCUCCUUGUAGGCCUCCUCUCAACUCCUGACUCUCGCACCCAAGAGCACGCAAUUACAGCGCUUCUUAACCUCUCCAUAUGUGAAGAAAACAAAGGAAGCAUUGUUUCAGCUGGGGCAGUUCCUGGUAUAGUGCAUGUGCUCAAGAAGGGCAGUAUGGAAGCUCGAGAAAAUGCUGCAGCCACCCUUUUCAGCCUUUCAGUUGUGGAUGAAAAUAAGGUUACAAUUGGUUCUUUGGGGGCCAUCCCUCCACUGGUGACUCUUCUAAGUGAAGGAACACAAAGGGGGAAGAAGGAUGCGGCGACUGCACUUUUCAACUUGUGCAUUUAUCAGGGGAACAAGGGAAAGGCAGUGAGGGCAGGAGUUGUGCCCACAUUGAUGCGUCUAUUGACGGAAACAGGUGGUGGAAUGAUUGAUGAGGCAUUGGCUAUACUAGCAAUACUGGCUAGCCACCCUGAAGGGAAGGCAAUCAUUGGAGCUGCGGAGGCUGUCCCGGUUUUGGUGGAAGUUAUCAGGAAUGGGUCACCCAGGAACAGAGAGAAUGCAGCAGCAGUGUUGGUGCAUCUUUGUUCUGGAGACCAAAAACAUCUGGUAGAGGCACAAGAGCAUGGAGUGAUGGGGCCGCUGGUGGAUUUGGCACAAAAUGGCACAGACAGGGGAAAGAGGAAGGCUCAACAGUUGCUUGAGCGUAUAAGCAGAUUCUUUGAGCAACAAAAGCACACUCAGGCACAAAUCGAGGCUCACAUCCAACAGCCUCAGCCACCCACCAUGGCUCAUUCUGGUGAUAGCUGACAUUUUUGUUUACUGUUUCAUUGAUUUGGUUUUUGUUCCGUUUCAUGAUUCCAAGAGGCAGCUUUGCUUUGGAAGAGGAAGGUGGAAGAUCACCUGCUUAAGUUACUUAUUUGUUUGUGUGGGAUGAGGACUGCUCUUUCAGGAGAUUACUAAAGAUCCAAGGGGAAAUGGAGAAUGAAGAGAAAACUCCAAAACAGAUCCAACUGUGUAUGUGAAAUUGUACCAUGUAACAUACAAUCAUCCUCAGUUUUUAUUGAAGAGAUGUUUUCCGAACUCACAUGAAGUCAUACAAGAUUAAGAUACGCGGUUCCAGAUACAGAAACGAUUGAUAUGGAAAUGAAAGAAUGAAAUGAUACCGUCUAUUUAGCGGUUUCUUGUGUAGCA